UCCCGUUCAAACCAUCUUCCUAUUUCACCCAAAGCUCAAGUAAAGCAAUUCUCUCCAUACCUUCCUCAUCCUCUUCAAUUUCACCUCCCAGUUGCGGCAACAAUGGCUAUGGCUUUCAAGAUGGCGACCACGGGAAUGUGGGUGACCGACGAGUGCAAGAACUCUUUCAUGGAGAUGAAGUGGAAGAAGGUUCACAGAUACAUCGUGUUCAAGAUCGACGAAAGAUCAAGGCUCGUCACUGUCGAUAAGGUCGGGGCCGCCGCGGAGGGCUACGACGAUCUGGCCGCAUCCUUGCCCAACGACGAUUGCCGAUACGCCGUCUUCGACUUCGAUUUCGUGACCGUCGAUAACUGCCGUAAGAGCAAAAUCUUCUUCAUCGCCUGGUCCCCGACGGCAUCGAGGAUAAGGGCGAAGAUGCUGUACGCAACAUCGAAGGAUGGGCUGAGAAGGGCUCUGGAAGGAAUCCACUAUGAAGUGCAGGCGACGGAUCCGACGGAGAUGGGAUUCGAUAUUAUCAAAGAGAAGGCUUACUAGAAAAGACUGGGCUGCUAAAUUAACCAAAUAAAAUAAAAAUGACUUUCUUCAAUGACAAAUCGAUGUGCAGAUGUGAUGUGGGUGCUUUCGCUUGCUUUCUAGGUUAAUAUGGACUAAUCUGAUGUAAGUGGGAUAACUAAUUGGUAAUCAUAAUAAUUGUUAUAUGUUAUAAAGUUAUGAGGAAGAGGAAGAGAGCUUGUUAUCUCUUUGAAUUAUGAGUCGUGUUGAAUGGAUGGAGGAGUCUCACUUUCAUGCU